UGUAAUGCAAUCUAUUCCAUUCUAUUUUAUAAAUAAUUUUUUUAGAUACUCCUUUUUUUCUUUCUUUCUUUUUUUCAUUUCAUUUAGGCAGUCCAUUUUGCAUGUUUUUUUUUGUGAGAUCUGGCAACCGAUUUACAGUGUGUAUCUGCAAUAUGGCAGCGUGCGAGCUGAAGGGAGAGCUGAAGUACCGAGAUGGACAGACAAGCCAGUUUACGGUACAAGCAGAUGGCAAUUUGAAAUCAAUGAUAACUGGCAUCAAGAAAUUAAAUGCUGAUAUAUCUGAAGUUUUGACGGCUCUUGUUGAGCAAGAAAGGGGCUCAGCGGGAAACAGCACAGCGGAUGUAGAUGGUGAAGAGGAAGAGGACAGUGACAAAGAGGAUAAUUCCACAGAAAUGGCCACCAAAAAGUCAAACUCAGAGCCUCCAAACAAGCGGAGAAAAACCUUGCGGUCAUGAUCUUCAGAACUGUUAUUGUUUUGUUAUGGCCUUUAUUACAUAAAUAUGUGUUGUUACAUUAGUACCCCCCUCCUCGGAAAAACCUUUGUCAGCCACAAUUUCAUGACUAUGUUGAGAUUUUGCCUUAAUUUGUUCCCAUUUUUAUGUAUUUCUAAGUUACUUUUCUUCAGAACUUCAGGUUCCUCUAUAAGAAGGUAUAGGUAUAACAGUGUGAAAGGACAAUUGUUUUAUCAAUACAUUUUUCCUCUUGUAAAACGUUACAAAUUGACUGGUUAUCAGUACUGUGGUUUCUUCAGCUAACAGGUGAUAAUAAACCACUGUGCAAUAAA